AUGCGAGUUCCUUAUAGUGCUUGGAUGGUGCCAUUUAUUCUUGCCUAUUGUGUGACGCAGAUAUAUGCCCUGUUCGAGUUCACCAACAUCAAGUGCAACUCACUUGACAAGCAGUUCGCCGAGUUCGAAAACUGUCACAUCAAGGCUGUGAAUCGCAGCUACAAGUACUUGGCCGUGAAGGUCGCCAUGCAUCAGCUACCCGUUGUCAAUGCAUCGGCAAGUCUGCAAGUUUUAAGGCGCUUCAAGGGCUUCAUACCGAUCACCAUGAACGUCACCUUCGAUGUGUGCAAGUACAUGUAUAAAAAAAAGAGCCAGAACCCUAUGAUGAACUUUAUUGACUCAGUGUUGAAGAGCUACUCGAAUGCCUAUCACCAGUGUCCGUACGAUCACGACAUUUCUGUGGACCAUCUGCCCACGCAGUUUGUGAACACGCACUUCACCGAUGUGUUGCCUUUUCCCCAAGGGUGACUAUGCCUUCAACAGCACAUGGUUUGCCAAUGGCAUGAAGCGCGCAACUGUCUGGGUCUACGGAACUUUUUCCUAAGCUCUAAUUAUCACCCCGAAUAAAGUUU